AUGCAAGCCGUCCGAGUAGCAGAAUACAACAAACCCUACAUCCUAACCACCAUCCCCGUCCCAUCCGACCUCGGCCCCCACGACCUCCUCGUCAAGGUCGCCACCGCCUCCUACUGCCACACCGACAGCAUGGUCUCCUCGGGCGUCUUCUCCACCGCCCUCCCCUGCACCGCCUCGCACGAAGGGGCCGGCACCGUCGUCUCCGUCGGCGCCUCGGCGACCUCGCUCUUCCGGCCCGGCGACCGCGUCGUGUGCGGCCUGCCCCUGCACGCCUGCGGCUCGUGCGCCGACUGCCUCGGCCCGGAGCAGCGGCGCCACUACUGCCGGCGCACCGCGGGCCACGUCGGCGUCCUCGUCGACGGGUGUCUGGCCGAGUACGUGCGCGUCGACGCGAGGUGGACGACGCCGCUGCCGGGGGGGGUGUCCAUGGUCGCCGGGGCGCCGCUGGCGUGUGCGGGUAGGACGGUGUGGAGGGCUGUCGUGGCGACGGGGCUGGGGGAGGGGGAGUGGCUUGCUAUUGUGGGGUCUGGGGGCGGGCUGGGACAUCUGGGGGUACGGUUUGCGAAGGCGAGGGGGCUGAGGGUUGUGGGAAUUGAUGCGCGGGAUGAGGCGCUGGCACUGUCGAGGGAGUGUGGUGCUGACGGGGUGGUGGAUGCGCGAAUGGGGGCUGAGGCGGUGGCCGAGAGGGUGCGGGAGCUGGUUGGGGAGGGGGAGGAUGGCGGUGCUCAUGCGGCGAUCGUGUUGGCGGAUACGGAUGAUGCGGCGGCGCUGGCGUGUGCUGUUACGAGGAUGCAUGGGACGGUCAUACAGGUCGCGCAACCGGAUGUCGUCAAGAUCCCGUUCCGAGAGCUCAUUUUCCGUGACAUCAGGGUCCACGGAAGUGUGCUCUGCUCGGCGCAGGAUAGCAGGGAUAUGGUUGAGUUUGUUGCCGAGCAUGGCAUUGAGCCCAAGACGGUGGUGUUUCAUGGUCUGGAGAGCAUUUUUGACCUGCUUAAGGUGGUCCACGGAGGGAAAAUUCAGGGGAAGGCGGUCAUUAUUGUGGAUCAAGACCAGAUCGACCAGGAGAGGAAGCUCGGAGAGAAGCAUUGA